AUGUGUUGCAGUGCACGCCCCAGCCCGGACACCGCAGCCUCAUCGUACAUGUUCUCUUUGUUGCUGUCUGUUCUCUUGCCUGCUGGGCCAGCUUUCGCGUUUCUUAGCUCCGAGCUCUGCGAGCUCUGCUCCGAGCGUGAGCGAACGCUGAGAGCCUGCUCUGACAGUGACAGCCCGGCUGUGACAGCCCAGCAGAGGGCUCGAGGGCCUUCGAUCAGAAGGCGGGUUUCCGAAACGUCACAGCUCCUGGACCUGCUAGGACCAGAGACGUUGUGUUCAGUGUGGGAGAAAAUUGGUGCUGCAGUGGAGCUGUUGUGUGGAUGUUGGGUGGCACUGGACGCUCUGCCCAGCCAGGCUUUGCCGCAGCUCCUCUGA